UUCUUCUUUCUGAGUAUUACUUUCUCUCACUCACUCGCUCUCUCUCUCACACAGUGGAGAAAUUUUUUAAAAAGUGGAAUAAAGCAGGAGGAGAGAUGGAGAUUGCAGAGCAAGAGAAGGCCAAAAACCCCACAAACAAAGUAGAAAAUGCAAAAAGUGUGGAUAGGAGGAGGAAUCAAAAGUUAGAGAGAGCAACCCCUCACACAUUCCAUGGUGUUUAAGUAGAUUUAACCCAAGUUUAGGAGAAAAAAAGAAAGAGAUGAUGGCAGUAUCCUUUUAGCGCAGACCAUAUAUACACACGCAUUCACACAGAGAAUUGGUUGAGUGAGAGAGAGAGAGAGUAGUAUUCUCUCUCUAGACAUUCAACAGAGUGGUGGAGGAGAGGAUAAAUAAAGGGCGUCUAAAAAUACUCAAAAGAUACCAACUUUGUACAUGUUUAUACAUAUACAUAUACAUAUAUAUAUAUAUAGAGAGAGAGAGAGAGGGAGAGGAGAGGGAGAGGGAGAGGGAGAGAUAAAAGAGAACAUUCCAAAUACAUGAUGGUUGCCGUGAAUGAGAUGUAAACUGCGGGUAGUUUCUUUUCUCUCCCCCCCAUGUUUUCUCUGUGAUCAUGUCUCUCACUAGCUGCGCCUGCAUUUUCUCUCUCAUUCUUCUCGCAUUCUUCCUCACCUCCGCCGUUUCAUUCGAGGCUCGAAAUCCUGAAGUUGUAGCUCUUACUGCGAUAAGAGAAGGUCUGAAUGAUCCCCAUGGAGCUCUGAGCAACUGGGAUGGAGACUCCGUGGAUCCCUGCAGCUGGUCCAUGAUUACCUGCAAUUCCGAUAAUCUCGUCACCGCGCUAGGAGCGCCUAGCCAGGGAUUAUCAGGCUCUUUGUCUUGGAUGAUUGCAAAUCUCACGAAUCUUAAACAAGUAUUGCUGCAAAAUAACAAUAUCUCGGGGCGCAUUCCAAAAGAGUUAGGCUAUCUUCCAAAUCUUCAAACGUUGGAUCUCUCCAACAACAAGCUGCUAGGGCAUAUCCCUGAAUCCUUCGGUUUCUUGAACCAUCUGCAGUAUCUGAGGUUAAACAACAAUAGCUUGAGUGGGUCUGUUCCUCUGUCCUUGGCCAGUCUUCCUCAACUUGCUUUCUUGGAUUUGUCCUUCAACAAUCUCAGUGGACCUGUGCCCACUUUUCCCACAAAAUCAUUUAAUAUUCAGGGAAAUCCACAAAUUUGUGGAAGCCACUCUGCUGAAAAAUGUUCUGGAUCAAAUCUUGCUAGCCCUCUUGCAUUCUCAAGGAAUCAAUCUUCAGGCAGAACCAAUUCGAGGAGACUAGCGAUUGCACUAGGAGUGAGCCUAGGCUUUGUGUGCGUUCUAGCCGUUGUGUUCGGGUUUCUCAUCUGGAAAAGAAGCAAGAAUACGAAGCAAUCCAUUUUAAAUCUUACAGAUGUGCAAGAAGAUGACCUUGAUCUUACAAGAUUAGGAAACCUUAGGAACUUCACAUUCAAAGAGCUGCAGCAUGCUACCGACAACUUCAGCUUGAAGAACAUACUUGGGGUGGGAGGAUUUGGCAAUGUGUAUCGAGGGAAGCUGGGAGAUGGUGCCGUGGUGGCAGUGAAACGACUGAAAGACUUGACGGGAACUACAGGCGAAUCACAGUUCAGAACUGAGUUGGAGAUGAUCAGUCUAGCAGUCCAUCGCAAUCUGCUUCGUAUAAUAGGGUACUGCGCCACCCCAAAUGAGAGGCUUCUUGUGUAUCCUUAUAUGUCUAAUGGGAGCGUGGCGGCAAGACUUAGAGGGAAACCGGCUCUAGAUUGGACGACGAGGAAAAAGAUUGCAGUGGGAGCUGCAAGGGGGCUGCUGUAUCUCCACGAGCAGUGUGAUCCGAAGAUAAUCCACAGGGACGUGAAGGCUGCAAACGUGCUUCUAGACGAGCACUAUGAGGCCGUUGUCGGUGAUUUCGGGCUUGCAAAGCUGCUGGAUCAUGGCGAAUCCCAUGUGACCACAGCAGUCCGUGGCACGGUUGGCCACAUUGCACCAGAGUACCUCUCCACGGGCCAGUCGUCUGAGAAGACUGACGUCUUUGGCUUUGGCAUCCUACUCUUGGAGCUCAUCACUGGAAUGAGAGCCCUCGAGUUUGGGAAAUCAGCCAACCAGAAAGGAGCUAUGCUCGAAUGGAUUAAGAGGAUACAGCAAGAAAAGAAAGUGGAGCAAAUGGUAGACAGAGAGCUAGGGAUGAGCUACGAUGAGAUCGAGGUAGGGGAGAUGCUGCAGGUAGCUCUGCUCUGCACGCAGUACUUGCCAGCUCAUCGUCCUAGGAUGUCUGAGGUUGUGAGGAUGCUGGAGGGCGACGGCCUGGCUGAGAAAUGGGCGGCAUCCCAUAGCUACAUUCAUGCUGCCACAAGCUUCUCAGGCAAGAGCAAGUCUCAUUCCAAUGAGGAGCUCGACCAUGACCAGUCGAGCUUGUUUGGGAUGACGACCACCAUGGACGACGACUACGAUGCUCAUUGCAUGGAGCUUUCGGGACCGAGGUAGGAACGAGUGGGAGGUUAAUAAAUGAGUCAUUUGGAAAGAAAGAAAGAAAGAAAAUGGAAAAUUAGGCUUGGUUUUGAAGGAAAAGUGAGGAAUAGUAGUAGUCAUAUAAUAUCAUUUGCAUGCCUUGUUGUUUUAUGAUGAUUAUAUUUUUUUGUCAAUGUAUAUAUAGCUUCUUUA